AUGUACUCUUCGUCCAACUCCUUCAUGGGGGGCGCCAACAGCGCCCGCCCAGGACAACCGCCUUUCAUGCAACAACCCUCAUACUCGCAAUACCCCCCCGGUCAGCCCCAAUCGCAGCAGCAGACUGGCUUCCCUUCGCAACCCACCGGGUAUGGACUCCAGCCACCGCAGUUGGUAGGCUCCCAGCUGCAGCCUCAGCAAACCGGCUUCCCUGGGCAAUUGCAGCCACAAUUCACCGGUUUUCCUGGCGCAGCACCUCAACAGCAGCAGCAGCAGCAGCAGCUCGGGGGCUUCCAGCAAUCUGUCCAGCAGCCACAAUUCACCGGCUAUCCUCCUCAGAAUCAACUCCUGUCGCUCCAGGCCCCUUCGACGACCGGUCUACCCACUCGACCUGCCCCGAGGACAUCGUCGGAGGUAGCCAGCUCGUUUAACGAUGGCGCGGGUGUGGCUCCUCCACCUCCACCGAAAUCCGCGGGAAGCAAGAUACCUAGCAUUCGGCUUUCGUUCAUUACGGCGCAAGACCAGGCGAAGUUCGAGCAACUCUUCAAGUCCGCGGUGGGAGACAGUCAGACGAUUGAUGGCGGGAAGGCAAAAGAAUUACUAUUACGCUCGAGAUUGCCUGGCAGUGAACUAUCGAAAAUAUGGAUUCUGUCGGAUACCACCAAGUCUGGACAGUUGUUCUUUCCCGAAUUCGCUCUCGCGAUGUAUCUCUGCAAUUUGAGGAUCACGGGCCGAGAACUGCCACCAUCAUUGCCCGAGAAAAUCAAAAACGAGGUUUCGAGCAUGGUAGAUAUCAUUUCGUUCGGGGUACCCGACACCCAGCCGGAGCCUUCAAGGUCAAACGUCCCCAGCUUCGAUGCUCCACUCCUGGAGAACAAAUCUGCACCCCCGGCGCCCCAGCAACCUCAGCCACAACAGCCAACGAAUGCCCAUCUACUUUCGCAGCUGGCUGCGCAGCCUACGGGAUUUCUUCCCCAACAAACCGGGUUCCAGCCGAAUCAAUCUUCUUUCCUCGGACCAAGCGCAGGUCUUGCACCGCAAGCGACUGGUUUCCCAGGACAAUCUCAGCAGCAAUAUCUGCAAACUCAGCCGACAGGAUUGAUGACAAAUCCGCAGGCCACUGGUUAUAGCGGUCCCCGGCCCCCUCUUCCGCCCAUGCCUACCGGCUUUGGAUCAAAUCUCAGCCCAGCGCAAACAGGGGGAGCAUCUGCUCUAGUAGCUCAACCAACCGGCAUACCCGGCCAAUGGGGCUUCGUCAAUGCCCCUUCAUCGGGCUUGCCCAAUAUUGAGGCUCUUAAACAGCAACUCAUGCCUCAACCAGGUCGUGAGGGAGGUUUCACGACAGCGGGCCUUUCCGGAAAUGCUAGCAUUCCUUGGGCAAUCACGAAGGAGGAGAAGAAGAUUUACGAUGAUCUGUUCCGUGCAUGGGAUGGCUUCCAUAAAGGCUUCAUUGGCGGUGAUACUGCGAUUGAGAUCAUGGGUCAAAGCGGUCUGAACCGUCAGGACCUCGAACGGAUUUGGACGCUUGCGGAUCCACACAAUCGAGGCCGCCUUAACAUGGACGAAUUCGCCGUCGCCAUGCAUCUGAUAUAUAGAAAGCUCAACGGGUACCCAGUGCCAAGCCGUCUCCCACCGGAGCUUAUCCCGCCGUCAACGAGAAACUUGAACGAUUCUAUAGGCACGGUCAAGUCGCUUCUCUCUCAAGACGCAGAGAGCCGCAAAGCUUCGGGCGCUUUUUUGCAGCCCCAGAAGACUGGUGUCAGCUACCUCAAGGAGCAUUCCUUCCGCGGUGGCGCUAGAUCCCCAGGUGUUGGCCGUAAAGAUGCUACUUUGUUUAAAAAUAACGAUGAAGCGGCUGCCGGAUAUCGUUCUAGCGCUCGGCGCCGCGUGGGCAACAACGCUCGAGCAGCAUCACCGGCUACCUCGCACACUUCUGAGGAAGAGCUAUCCGUUGAGCAACUCAAGAAGAAAAUUCGCGAGACUCAGAUCAUGCUUGACGCAGUCGAUUUCCAGGAUGAGAAUCGCGCAGAGGAGGAUGAGGCUCUGGAUCGUCGUGAUCGUCGCGAGGCCGAGAGUCUGAUGGACCGGGUCCGACGCAUCCAGGAUGAUAUUGAUACUCACCCGAAUGCGACUUUCCGCAACCUGGACAAUGGAGCCGAGAAGAGAUCUCUCCGUCGCCAGCUCCAGGCCUACGAAGAUCAAGUUCCUCAGGUGGCGUCAGAAGUCCGCCGAAUUGAGCGUGAGCUUGCCGAGGCCAAGCUGGAGCUCUUCCGCUUGAAGGAUGCGAAGGCACACCCAAAUAGCGCCUCCAAUAUUGUGGGCACAGGGCCUGGCGGCGCAGUGACAGAGGCAGAUCGCAUCAAAGCUCGCGCCCGUGCAAGGAUGCAAGCUCGUGCCGCCGAACUCGCCGGCAGGCCCGUCCCUGCCUCUGCGGAUGAUGACGGAGCCGCUGCUCGUCGUUUAGAAUCCGAGAGCACUGUCAUUCGGGCCGACCGAGAAAGGAACGAGGCCAUGACACGCGAUGUCGAGGAAAGUGUAAGAGAGUUUACCCGCAGUCUCGAGGACAGCUUCAAGGAAGGGGGCGAAACAUCGACACGCGAACAUGAGAGGCGUCGGUGGGAGGACGCUCUGGGUGUCGAGGACGUGAUCCGAGAUUUUAUCUACGAUUUGAAACGAGGUAGUCGGACCGCGCACGUCCGAAAGGAAGAGGAAACAAGGACGUUGCCUACUCAUGACCACCGAGUUCGGCACGAGGAUCCAUCGAUUGCCUCUCGACCGUCACCCGCACCCUCCGCCGGUUCUGUCGGAUCUGCUCCAGGAGCUACUCACGAGGACCGAGUCGCUGCAGCCAGGGAACGUGCUCAGAGGCGCAUUGCGGAACGUAUGGCCGCUGCUGGACUCAAACCGCAUACCGACUCCACAGAGACUCUCGUCCAGCGUCAGGAGCGGGAAAAGCGGGAACGAGAAGAGCGCUUGAGGCGGGCAGAGGAGGAAGAUGCCAAGAGAGAGCAAGAGAGACAACGUCGCCUGGCCGAGGAACAGCGCGGCCCGGCCAAGCCUGCUGCUACUAAGCCAGUGGGCAAGAAGCCUCCCCCAGCACCACCAUCACGCAGAGGCCGCACGGACAGUGCGGGUCAAGCUGACGCAAGGCCGGCCGUGGAGGAGACUGCUGCCACAGAGCAGGCCGCCCGCGAACAAGCGAUCAGGGAAGAGCAGCAGGCACAAGAAGAGGAGACUAAACGUCUUGAAAUGGAAGCUCAGCAGCGUGAGCAAGAACUUCUCAAAGAGAAGGAAGCACAGGAAGCUCGUCUGCGUGCCUUGGAAGAGCAAGUCAGGCAAGGCAAGGUCAGGAAACAGGAGGAGAAGCGUCGCAAAGAGGAAGCCGAGCGGUCCGCAAAGGAACAAGAGGCGAAACUUGCGGCUCAGCGUGCCGAGCUCGAGAUGGCUAGGGAACGGGAGCGACAGCUUCAGUUGGAAUUAGAGGGCUUGGAAGACGAGAGUUCCUCAGAUGAGGAAGGACCGGUGAACAUCACGCCCCAGGAUAGUACUCCGACUCAGAGUCAAGUGCUCCCUGCACCAUCUCCUGCAGCCGCCGCUCCUGAACCCGAACUGGAGCCGCCAGUAAGUCCUGAAAUCACCUCGUCGGCCAGCAGCCACGCGGCUCCAUCCAGCUUCAGCCCCGAGACGGAGUCCAAGAAUCCUUACUUUAGGAUCACAAGCCAGGCCGCUGAAAACCAGGUGUCUUCGCCUCCUCCCGUGCCCCAGACCACCAUCACUUCUCCCAAGACUGAUGUCCAGUCAACCAAUCCCUUCCAUCGUCUCGCGCAGCAGGAGGCUGCCAAACCUGCGUUCACUGCACCUGGCCCCCUCGAACGCAAGUCCCGUGUGCGUCCUGAAGCAGACGAUGAUUGGUCGGCUGCCGGUUCUGACUUUGACUCGUCCGACGACGAGGAUGACGAGCGUCCGGGUGGUGGAAGCGCCAAGCAGCUUGCCAGUAUCUUGUUCGGCACUAUGGCGCCUCCACGCCCACUGAGUGCGAUGGAUGACAAGUCACCCUCCAAAUCGUCGACCCCAGUCCAAGACAACACAGUGGCUUCUCCGGUAGUACCUGAGGCAAGCGCAUCUCUUUCUGCCCCGGCUGCCCCUCCACCUCCUCCUCCGCCACCCCCUCCGCCAGCAUCGGCCCCAAUGGUAGUGCCCAGCUAUGAUCCAUCUACUGCCCCACCACCUCCACCACCUGCGCCGCCUAUCGCACCUCCUGCGCCACCUCCAGGUCCUCCUCCACCACCAGGUCCUCCACCUCCGCCCGCUCCCCCAGGCGCUGCUGCUCCAGCUGCACCUGCAGGAGCGGCAGAUCGGAGCGCGCUCUUGGCUUCGAUCCAAAUGGGCAAAGGACUCCGAAAGGUUCAGACCAAUGAUCGAAGCAGCAGCUCAAGCGCCGGCCGUGUGCUGGGUUAA